GCCAGAAUGAUAGAGACGCGCGGCCGGGGCUACGGGCACUGGUCGGCGGGAGAGCGGUGGGCGAGAGGAGCGGCGGGCGCGGGCCCGAGCUCCUGGUGAGCGGGCAGGGCACGUCUUUCCCACUAGCGGGACCUGAGCAGCGAAGGUUCAAGUCCCGCCCCACCCGGUGCGGAGGCCUGUCGCGUCGCGCGCUCCCUGAAGGAGGCCAUUGAUGUGGCUCUUGAGAGGAAGGGCACUGAAGGACCAGAAGAUGAGUGACAAGCUCAACAGCAACGAUCAGGCCCCUACGGAGGACUGUGGCCAGGAGAGCAUAAGUACCCAGAUCAUCCCUGCCGCCUCAGCCCCACCAGUGGAGAAGGAAGAGGCUGAGGGGACUGGAGCAGGUGCAGAGUCAGGGCCUCAGCCUGGGCUAUACAGCUACAUCAGGGAUGACCUGUUCACCUCUGAGAUUUUCAAGCUGGAGCUACAGAAUGUGCCACGGCAUGCCAGCUUUAGCGACGUCCAGCGUUUCCUGGGACGAUUUGGCCUAAAGCCCCAUAAAACCAAACUCUUCGGGCAACCUCCCUGUGCCUUUGUGACAUUCCGAAAUGCCACUGAAAGAGACAAGGCCCUGCGUGUACUGCAUGGCGCCCUCUGGAAGGGUCGCCCACUCAAAGUGCGUCUGGCCAGACCCAAGGCUGACCCCAUGGCCAGGAAGAGGCAACGGGAGGCUGAGGGUGAGCUGCCAGCCACAUGUAUCGCUGAUGUCGUAACCCCUCUUUGGACGGUGCCCUACUCGGAGCAACUUGAGCGGAAGCAACUGGAGUGCGAGCAGGUGCUGCAGAAACUCGCCAAGGAAAUUGGGACCACCAACCGAGCCCUGCUGCCCUGGCUACUCUCGCAAAGGCACAAGUACAACAAGGCCUGCUGCCCACUUGAGGGGAUCAGGCCAUCACCCCAGCAGACCGAGUACCGUAAUAAGUGCGAGUUCCUGGUUGGUGUUGGGGUGGAUGGGAAGGACAACACUGUAGGCUGUCGGCUCGGCAAGUACAAGGGCGGGACAUGUGCUGUAGCGGCUCCUUUCGAUACUGUGCACAUCCCUGAGGCCACCAAGCAGGUGGUGAAGGCCUUUCAGGAAUUCAUCAGGUCUACCCCAUACUCUGCAUACGAUCCAGAGACAUACUCAGGCCACUGGAAGCAGCUGACUGUGCGCACCAGCCGCCGUGGCCAGGCUAUGGCCAUUGCCUACUUCCACCCCCAGAAGCUGAGUCCUGAGGAACUGAUGGGUCUGAAGGCCUCACUGGCCCAACACUUCAUGGCAGGGCCAGGCAAAGACAGUGGGGUGACCUGCCUCUACUUUGUGGAGGAAGGACAGCGGAAGACGCCCAGCCAGGAGGGUCUGCCCCUGGAACAUAUAGCUGGGGACCAGUGUAUCCACGAAGACCUACUGGGGCUGACCUUCCGGAUAUCUCCUCAUGCCUUCUUCCAGGUCAACACCCCAGCAGCAGAGGUACUAUACACGGUCAUUCAGGACUGGGCCCAGCUGGACAUGGGAAGCACCGUGAUGGAUGUAUGCUGCGGCACUGGCACCAUCGGGUUGGCCCUGGCCCAGAAGGUGAGAAGAGUCGUGGGUAUUGAGUUGUGCCCAGAGGCUGUGGAGGAUGCCCGGGUGAAUGCUCAGGACAAUGAACUGAGCAACGUGGAGUUCCACUGUGGGCGGGCUGAGGACCUGGUUCCUGCCCUGGUGAGCAGACUGGCUUCCCAGCAGCUUGUGGCCAUCCUGGACCCACCCCGUGCUGGCCUACAUUCCAAAGUGAUCCUGGCUAUCCGCAAAGCUGAGAACCUUAAGCGUCUGUUGUAUGUUUCCUGCAACCCCCGUGCAGCCAUGAGCAACUUUAUAGACCUUUGCAGGGCCCCUUCUAACAGAGUCAAGGGCACACCCUUCCGACCAGUCAAGGCUGUGGCUGUGGACCUGUUUCCACAGACUCCACAUUGUGAGAUGCUUAUCCUGUUUGAGAGGGUAGAGCACCCUAAUGGCAUGGGGGUCCAGGCACCCCAGGAUCCUCCAGGCCAGCCUCUACUAGGAGCCUCUACUGACACACUGCAAGAAACUGAGGCAUCUGCUUAGGUUCCCUGUACAGGAGAAACAGCUCUUCCAGAAUAGUGUCAUCUGUGUUGUAGAGGCUUCCUAAGUUCUUGUCCCAGGACUGAGACAUUGGACACAAAGGACAUGAAAGCCAGCUGCCCCAUGCAAGCCCAGCUCAUUCUUCUAGGUCAAGGGUUUCUACGCUCUGCUACCCUCUUUAGUCUUUACACCAGCUGGAUCAAGCAGAUCAGAAUAAAAGAAUGUUUAUCUAUA